AUGUCUUCACUUAAUAGCACUGAAUUCCACCCCUCCAACUUCCUGCUACUGGGAAUCCCUGGACUGGAAGAAUUGCACAUCUGGAUAGGGUUUCCUUUCUGUACUGUGUAUCUGAUUGCAUUUGUAGGAAAUCUCAGCAUUCUGUUUGUGAUCAAUACUGAGCAAAGUCUCCAUCAACCCAUGUUCUACUUUCUAGCUAUAUUGGCCACUGUUGACUUGGGUCUCUCCACAGCCACCAUUCCUAAGAUGAUGGGCAUUUUUUGGUUCAACUUAAAGGAGAUUAGCUUUGAGGGAUGCCUCACCCAGAUGUUUUAUCACAUUUUCACCGGUAUGGAGAGUUUUGUGCUUGUGGAUAUGGCCUUUGAUCGCUAUGUUGCUAUAUGCCACCCUCUCAGGUAUAGUAUGAUCCUCACUAAUAAAACCAUUGUCAUUAUUUCAGGGGUAGCUAUCCUGAGAAAUUUUUCUUUAGUGACACCAAUGGUAUUUUUAGUGCUCCGGCUGUCAUAUUGUGGUCAUCAUGUCAUUCUUCAUACCUAUUGUGAGCAUAUGGGAAUUGCUCGAUUGUCUUGUGCAAGCAUCAAUGUAAACAUCAUCUAUGGCUUGUUUAUUAUUUGUAUAAUAUUUUUGGAUAUGACCCUGAUUGCCAUUUCCUACAUCCAAAUUCUUCAGGCAGUUUUUAAACUUCCUUCUCAGGAUGCUCGUUUCAAAGCUCUCAACACUUGUGGUUCCCACAUCUGUGUCAUCUUAGCCUUCUUCACUCCUGCUCUCUUUUCGUUCCUUACCCAUAGAUUUGGCCACAAUAUUCCUCACUAUAUCCAUAUCCUAUUGGCCAAUCUAUAUGUGGUUGUCCCUCCUGCACUCAAUCCUGUUAUUUAUGGAGUCAGGACCAAGCAGAUCCGGGAAUGUUUGAUUCAGAUCUUGAUCAGGAAAGAUUAA